ACGUGGUCAUGUUCGAACUUUAAUACUCUAAGAAACUUGUAUGUAAUGCAUGUGCAACGUAGUGAAGUAGACAACCCUAUAUGGACUUCAGCCAAGCUUAUUUCAAUUGCAUGAUAUUUCUACUAACAACUAUUUGAAACACAGUAUAGUCAUUGUGUAAGGAAGUUGGCUUUAUUACAUGUAUGUAAUGUGAAAUUGUUGUAAAACGGACAAUUGGGGGCCAGUGUUAUCGCCAACUUACAGUUUUCAAUUUGCCGCCUUUAGUUUUAGAUUAGCAUAAGUUAUCUCCCGCCAAAGUUACUUCCUGCCACUUGUAGCCACGGGAAGCUCCAGCUAGGGAGCCCAGGGGCGGCUGGAGCUUAGAACAGUAGGAAGCCCGCGCAGAAGGAAGACAGAGGGCAGAAAAGGCCUGGAGACCAACUCUAGGAAAAUUGGGCCUGGUGGAGAUCAACCCCAGGAAACUUAGGCCUAGAGAUUAUUUCUCCAGGAAAUUUAGGCUUGGAAGUGUACUCCAAGAAGAAGAAGAAGAAGAAGAAGAAGAAGGCAUCAGAGGACAGUCAGCCAGUAGCCGGGAGACCAGACUAAGUUUUACGAUUAAGAGCUCACCUUGGAAUAUGAACUGAGGAGAAUCACAGGACACAGGAAUUCACUGAGGACACAACAAGGGACCCACUUAAGAAGAUUCAGACAAGGGGAUAAAACCAGAACUUUCCAGUUUAGUUGGCGGCCUUUGUACAACUACUAACACUGCUAGAUUAAACCGUCAAAACGUAAGUCUGCGAGUGCGUGUCCUCUCUCUCAAGACUCCUCAGCAAAGACAAGGUGAGUUCAGUCAAAACAUUCUCUAGACCCCGACCCUGGCUGAAGCGCUGAGAGUCAGCGCGCUUACAACAUGGAUCAGUUUGCUGAGGACUACAGAGUGGUGAUUGAAAGAACUGUUGAAUAUUCCAACAGACCAGAGUACUUUCCCAAUGGUUAUGUACGGAUGAAGAAAGGCCGAGGGAUGGACAAGACUUUCUCCCACCAGCUGCACUUCUGGUGCCUCAACCCUGCCGUGGCCUUCAGUGAGCUCGCCAACUGCCGAGCCAUCGUCCUGUCCUCAGGAACCCUGUCCCCCAUCGACUCCUUCCAGUCGGAGCUGGGUGUGCCCUUCCCCAUCCAGCUGGAGGCCAACCAUGUGGUUGGCAAAAAACAGGUUUGGGUGGGAACUGUAGGAGCAGGUCCACGAGGCAGGAAGUUGAUGGCCACCUACCAACACACUGAGACAUAUGAAUUUCAAGAUGAACUGGGCCAGCUUGUACUACAAGUAUGCCAGACCAUUUCCCACGGAGUCCUGUGCUUCCUUCCAUCGUACAAGCUCCUGGGGAAGCUGUGUCAGAGGUGGCAGAUGACCAGACUUUGGGAACAGAUAGAGGAGCACAAACAGGUGAUCAGGGAACCACAGGGGGGAGACAAGGCCGACUUUGAUGACAUCCUCAAGCAGUUCUAUGAUGCCAUCAAAUGUAGUGAAGAUACAGAGAAUGGGGGCGGACGUGGCGGCGCCCUGUUCCUGGCCGUGUGCCGUGGGAAAGUCAGUGAGGGGCUGGAUUUUGCCGACAACAACGCCAGAGCUGUCAUUACAGUUGGCAUCCCCUACCCAAACUUCAAGGAUCUUCAGGUUGAGCUGAAGCAAAACUACAACAACCAGCACAGCGGAGCCCGUGGCCUGCUGACAGGCAGACAGUGGUACGAGAUCCAGGCCUACCGUGCGCUAAACCAGGCGCUGGGGAGAUGCAUAAGACACAAACAAGACUGGGGAGCCUUGAUCCUCGUAGAUGACAGGUUUGCCAAGGGACAAGGGAGAUACACCAAAGGCCUGUCUAAGUGGGUGAGGCAGCGGGUUCAGCACUUCAAUGCGUUUGGAAGUGUGGUGUCAUCCCUGACACAGUUCUCCACACAAAUGACUGAGGGAAGUGCCACCUCUCUUGAUGAUAGUGUUGCCAUGACACCACAAGCCUCCCCUCACCCCUCCCACUCCUUCUUGGACACCAGUGUGACCACACCCGACCCGGCCAGCACACCAUACGCACAGCCUGCAAAAUUGAACGCAUUCCAACACCUGAUGGGCCAAUCACCCCAGCUGGAACAAAAGAAGAGGCCGGGAGACGCCACCCUGACUGUCAACAAGUUUGAACCCCAGGGUUUCAUACCAAGUACGCCCAACGAUGGACCAAAGGAUCACGACAAAAACAUCACGCAAGAUGUUACACUCAGUGAUAAGAAGACAGCAUCAAUCUCUAAAGGGAAGCUGAAGGCUCUCUUUAAGAAGAAUGUGCAGCAAAAAUCUGUCACUGAUUCCGCUGAAGCUGGCAAGGAGGUUGAUGUCAAGGGUGAAGGUUCAGAGGUCAAAGGUAAUGGGUUCAUGACCCCUGCAGGAGACAGCCACAGGCAUGCCAAGAGCACUCCCGUUGGUGACAGGAGACCAUCAGGCGCUAUCCCCACGCCAAAAGGUAAACUUUCGUUUGAAGAGGACGACAUUCCUGCAGACGCCAAGGAAGACACAAAGAAACAGAGGUCAGAUAAAGUUGAUGCCAAGAACAAGGGACAUGGCUCUAAAAGGUUGUCAAUGGCUUCCAAGUUGGCACAGUUCGCAUACAAGUCUAAAGAUGAAAGCAACACAAUGACAGAUGAUGCUGAGAUGGGAGGGCCAUUCACAGAAUCGUGCAAGAAAGAAAAAGAAGAGAACCUACACGAUCAAAGUGAUACAAAAGACGGUCUCAAUCAAGAGGUACAAAGCAGAUCAAACCAACCAUCUGGACCAAACAAUGCAAAGGUCAACGCUCUCUUUAAGUUUGUUAGCAUCGGCCCUUCAACAACACCUGUUCAGAGCACAGCAGAUCUGAGGAAGGGAAUGGCAACUCCACCCUUACAGGAAACAUCCACAGCGGGGAUGGACUUCACCCCUCCUCUGUUUGAUGAUUCUGAACCUAUCGUUGAGGAGAACACCUCUGAAACCAUCACCGGGAAUGUCUUCCGACAGAAAGGAGGCUUGACCAACAAUGGAAAUGAGGAAAAUGAAGUCAAGAGUAAAGAAGAUGAUCCACCAGUGUCAACAAGAGGGAGAAAGAGACAGCUGAGUCUGAGCGCCAAGAAGUCCACUGAGAAGAGGAGGAAUUCGGCAGGUGAGAAGAAAUCUGCGACAAUAAGGCAGUCGAACAAGAAGAAGCUUUUCAGGGCAUCUCAAGACGAAAAUGAGGGACAGACCAUGGAGGAAAGUCAGCCAGCGCUGAAGAUUCGUCGCUCCUUCAGAUCCAGAAGAAAGGCCAACCAGCCUGUCCUCUCAGAAGAUCCUGGGGACUUCCUGGACGACUUGAUGACAUCUGCCCAGAGCAAGGAACCAAAGCAGGCCCAAGGUCCAUGCAGACCAGGACUCCACUGCAUCAUGUGCGGUACAGAACUGGUUGCUUCUGUGGAAGGCAUCCAUGUGGAGAAGGAAACCUCAACCUACAUUCAGCAAGAAUCCAAGAUUCUUUCUACCCUGAGAAGGAGACAGAGUGAGGGAAUGAAGUGCCAGUGUAAUGCACCACAGAUGGAGGGGAGGUCCCAUUCUAAAAAGGAAGGAAUGGUGUUGAUAGACAGGGCAAGACUGGAGGGGAAAGUGCAGCCCAUGUCACCACAGAAGUCACCCAGAGGCCCCCACCUGAACAGUUUUCUGAGUGAAGAGGACCAAUGCUUGUACAUUCCCGUGGUGUGUGCUGGGUGUAAGACAAAGUCUCCAGCAGAUAGAACGAUCCUAGGCUUCAACAUCAUUUCCCUGGGCAAUGGAAGGCCUACAACUAAGGGGUGGCUUUAUUACGAAGCCCUGUGGCACUGUCCACAUCUUCAGCUGACAGAAUGAAGACCAAAACUGAGCUCAAGAAAAGGCUGACCAGUCUUCUGUAAGAACUCUCAUAGUUAAGUCACAUUCCCUAAAAAAGGCAGAGUUGUCUUGAAUGUCUUGAACACAAAUUCACUUUCUUAAUAUUAUGGCCCAUUGAGAUACCCACUUAAGGGUACCUGGAUGAAUUAUGAGAGUUGGUGUUUUCUUAAAUAGUAGUUAACCUUUAUCCACGGGGAAACCUAUAUCUGUUGCUUAAAAAACGGACAUUUAGGGAUAUCAAGUCCAAGGACAGUAGUUUCAAACUGCAUUAUUUUGAAAAUAUUAAAGUUAAAAUCACUGUCCAUCAGCUUGAUAUAAAUUAUGCCCUGUUUUUUUUUAAACAACAGAAAAAGGUGACCCCUUGGAUAAAGGUGAACUACCUUUAAGUCUUUUAGUAUUUGAUUGUUUAAAAAAGUGCACCACUUAUACAACACCAAAGAUAUCACUAGUUUAUUCUUGAAUGAUCUGUCUUUCAGAGAGUUACUGAAUAACUGCAUAUAUGUGUAUGAAAUACUAAUUGAUCAAAAUUUUCGUUCACAAAUUUGUACAUGAAAUAUUUAGAUGGACUAUGACAUUGUCUUUGUGAAACAUUGCUAGGUUCUUAAUUUACAACAUUGAUUCCAGUGGCACAGAGAAUUCUAGAACAAUAGGGCAGAUUUGACUUAACAAUUGCUAUUGGUUUACAAUACAUUUAUUGUAUUGCCUGUAUUGCUACAAAGUAUUGUAGGGGUGGACAGUAUUGUUGCAAUUUUCUUUAUUUUCUAUUCAGUGGUUCACAAUUUUCACCUAACAUAUGAUGUUCAACUUGUGCAAUGCUUUUCUGAGCUACUACUUUUAUUCCCACAUUUCUACAAAAAUGAUUUAUUUCCAUGGACAUUGACAGAUAACAUGAAUAUCUACAUCUUUGUUUGUAUCCUUCAAGCCAUAUGCUUAAUCCUUCUCAAAGGCAUUUGAUUUGAUAGUCCAUAUUUUUUCACAACUUUGAUUUCACAUGGACAAAGGAGUAAAUUUUCUCCAUCAGUGCUGUGGUAUUGUAUGAGAAGUUAUGAACAUAUUUACCAUACAAAUAUUUUAAAGCAAACAAUGGUGAUUGUUUAGUAAACACCAUCUCAUGUCAUCACUAGGAAAGAAAACAAAUAUUUUAGAUCUUACCAGUAGUGCGAUUAUGGAAAGAUAGAAGCAACCAACUUUCCAUUAUAUUUUCUUUAGCACAUUUUAAAAGAAAAGAUGUUGAAUAUUAAAUCAUCUGUA